GUUGUCUCUGACAACACUCCAGACAGCACUUUAGAGAAAACAGUAGUCCAAUGGCAGCAGACAGGCCUUUUUAGGGAUCACCACUUACAGAGUCUUACCAAGACACCCAGUAGCUUUAUUUUGUUUGGGAUGAAGCCUCUAUCAGAGCCGUAUUUCAGUCUACCUGAUUCAGCUGCUGCUUGUAUGAUGCAUGUUGGAUGAAUCUCUUACUCUGCUCCUCGGCUAAGAGAAAGCUCUCCAUCUCGAUCUGAGGAACAAACUUGGAUUGUGUGCGUGGCUCCAGCACAACCACUGGUGAAUGCGCACGCAGUGUCCCAGGAGCCGCUCUGUGGUGCAGGUGGAGAGGGGAGGUGGGCGGAGGCCCGGGGCGUCAGCUCACGCAGGGUUGUAGAGGAGGAUUGGAGUACUGGACAUCGCUUACAUGGAGGGCCAUGUCUAUGAGCACUUUGCCAAUGGCAAGCACGACAGCUACCAGAUCGACUACCGCCUCUUUGUGGGCGACACAGAGCCAGCCAGAUUGCAGCUGUCGCCUCGCGACCCUGAGCACCAGGGGCCAUUUGGCCACAACACAUCUCAUGGGCAUGAGACUGCAGCUCAGCGCUACAGCGCCACGCGCAUCCAGGCUGGCUACGAACCAGAGAGUGAUUUUCUGAUCCUGCCUGGCUUCAUUGACUUUACCUCAGAUGAAGUGGAUCUGACCUCUGCUCUGACCCGGAAGAUAACCCUGAAGACGCCGCUUAUUUCCUCUCCCAUGGAUACUGUGACUGAAUCCUCCAUGGCCAUCGCUAUGGCUCUCAUGGGCGGUAUUGGGAUCAUCCAUCACAAUUGCACCCCAGAGUUCCAAGCAAAUGAAGUCCGGAAAGUUAAGAAAUUCGAGCAGGGCUUCAUCACGGAUCCGGUGGUGAUGAGUCCACAGCACACGGUCGGAGAUGUGUUUGAGGCCAAGGUGCGACACGGCUUCUCUGGAAUCCCUGUCACCGAAACCGGCAAGAUGGGCAGCAAGCUUGUGGGAAUCGUGACGUCACGAGACAUUGACUUCCUCUCAGAGAAGGACUAUGACCGGCUGUUGGAGGAGGCAAUGACAAAGAGGGAAGAUUUAGUGGUUGCACCAGCAGGUGUUACACUCAAAGAGGCCAAUGACAUCCUGCAGCGCAGCAAAAAAGGUAAACUGCCCAUUGUGAACGACAGUGAUGAGCUGGUGGCUAUAAUUGCUCGCACUGAUCUGAAGAAGAACAGAGACUACCCUCUGGCCUCUAAAGACUCCCGCAAACAGCUGCUGUGUGGCGCUGCCAUCGGGACCCGUGAGGAUGACAAGUACCGGCUGGACCUGCUCGUGCAGGCAGGAGUGGACGUGGUGGUGCUGGACUCAUCUCAGGGAAACUCAGUGUUUCAGAUCAGCAUGAUUAACUACAUUAAACAGAAGUAUCCUGAGCUCCAGGUGGUGGGGGGGAAUGUAGUGACAGCUGCUCAGACGAAGAAUUUGAUUGAUGCUGGUGUGGAUGCUCUUAGAGUGGGGAUGGGUUGUGGCUCCAUCUGCAUCACACAGGAAGUGAUGGCAUGUGGGAGACCCCAGGGCACCUCGGUGUAUAAGGUCGCGGAGUAUGCCCGUCGUUUCGGAGUGCCCGUCAUUGCUGAUGGUGGCAUUCAGACAGUGGGCCAUGUCGUAAAGGCUCUCGCUCUGGGAGCGUCCACGGUGAUGAUGGGCUCCCUGCUGGCUGCCACCACCGAAGCCCCUGGUGAGUACUUCUUCUCAGAUGGUGUGCGGCUCAAGAAGUACCGUGGCAUGGGUUCCUUGGAUGCCAUGGAAAAGAACAGCGGCAGCCAGAAGCGCUACUUCAGUGAGGGCGAUAAGGUGAAGGUAGCUCAGGGAGUGUCUGGCUCCGUUCAGGACAAAGGCUCCAUCCAUAAGUUUGUCCCAUACCUCAUUGCUGGAAUUCAACAUGGCUGCCAGGAUAUUGGUGCGAAGAGCCUGUCCAUCCUGCGCUCUAUGAUGUACUCUGGAGAGCUGAAGUUUGAGAAGAGGACCAUGUCUGCUCAGGUGGAGGGGGGUGUUCAUGACCUGCACUCUUAUGAGAAGCGACUAUACUGAGAGUGGCAACAGAAGCCAAGCAAGAGUGCUCCCAAAUGUUCUGACCCCAGCUGUGACCAAUUAAAAACAUCAUCACGUGCUCCCUCGAACACUCCUCUCCUCCUUCCCAACAGUGACCCUCCUCCGAGGAAAGGCUGAUGUGCUGUUGCUCUUCAGGUAGGACCUGCAGUGAAGUCCAACUGCCCUAACACAGAAUGUACUGUGCACUUCCUGCUUCUGCUGUGUGAAACUGUAUUUAGCUGUUUUCUCUGUGUAUGACAAUCCUCCAAUGUCCUUUGUGGGUGGUAAUCCUAAUUUAAAUUACCAAGAUGUUUACGUGACACAAUAUGUGAUAUUACCCUCCAUACCGUUGGAUACACUGUAACCAAAUGUCUUGUAGAACACCUUAUCUGUGGGGUCAUUAGCAAUAAGCUCUAAUACUGUGACCUGGUGGCACUAAGAGGUGGCAUCCUGAACACAGUGAGAUUUAUGGCAGUGGGAACUCUCCUGAAGCAGGGCAGGUGGGCUGCUGAGACGCUUCAGCUUGCCAGCUACGGGGCCAGAACCUUAGCCUUAAUAUCAGGGAUUCUUUCCACCUGCAUGCCUUACAAGUUAAAGCAGAGCGUGGUAUUAACACUACACUACACUACAUGGAUGCUCUCUGAUGUCAUUUUAGCAUUUUGUUCAAACAUUGUGGUCAGUACACAUACAGCCUUGAUCAAUAGAAAUACUGAUACUAUCUUAAGAUGUAAUGUGUCAAGCGCAACAUUACCGCUACUGCUGCAAUUUAUUCAUUAGUGAUGGAAACCAGUAGCUUUCUUGUUGUUAGCUUUCAUUAAACUUUUCAGUGAAUUUGACCUGAGUAGAGCAUCACCUGGCUUGCUUAUGGGGAGCAUUGUGGCAUAAUGCUGUAAUGCUCUUACACUGGUUGCAGGCCACAUGACCUUUUCUGGGAGAGCACCCUUGCCUAUUUAUUUGGUUAAUGCAGUGAAGUAAACAGGGUUAGUUAAAAUGAACUGAAAUGGAGUAAAAAUGAAGAUGUUUGUUUUGUAUACUUGCUAACAGUAAUAGCAAGAAUGCUACUUUGCAGAGAAUGUGUAUGCCAUAGUGAAUAUUAGACUCAUUAUUUAACAGCAAAAAUAUAAUGUAUGGAUAUGGCUCUUUUAUUGGUGUUGAUAUGAGUGACUAUUCUUUUGCUAUUGCUUGAAUCAUUUUUUGAGCUCAGUGGAAUGUAUACCGUGGGUUUACAGUGGGUUUACUAGCCAUAUUUUUCCCAGAAUUUGUACAAAGUCUUUUGGACAAGAGAAACUGGUAAAAGAAAUCUAUUUUAUUAUAGUGCUUUAUUUUGUUUAAUGUUCAUGCAUCCUUGAUAAUAUUCUUCUGUAAAGGAGGUUAUUGCAGAGAAAAACUAAAGAUUUCAUUUAGAAUUUCUUCAGGUGAAAGAAUAGUUAUUGGCCUGCUGUUUUAGCAGAGGGCACACAAUGGUCUCUAAGCAUCUCAAAUAAUUAAAUCUCUGUGCUCUGGCUACGUAAAGUGCAGAUAAAGCUAAAGACUGACAUUUUAGUGUGUAUAAUCAGGGAUAAUGAAGACUGUUAUGACUUAUCUGUAUGUCAGGCUUUGGCUGCUCAUGUUCUGCACGAUUACUUCCUACUUAUCCUGAUACACAGAAUUAAAUCCCAAUAAAUUUGUGCAUGCAAUCAUCUGGUGCAAUAGAUUUGCAUUAAUAAAGAUGGUUAUGAUAUAAAAGUCA